AUGGCACCAAGGAAAAAUUACACUCAAGAACAAAUGGCAAAAGCCAUCGAAGAAGUCAGGCAAGGGCAAAAAAUUUCUGCUGCUGCGGUAAAGUAUGGCGUCCCGAGAAUAACAUUAUAUAAUAAAAUCACUGGAAUAAGUCCAGUAGAGUGCAAUAUGGGCCCAGAUACUAUUCUCACAAAGGAAAUCGAAAUGAUAUUGGUUAAGUGGAUUUUAUACAUGGCCGAUAAUCAUUUUCCUAUUACAAAGGAUCAGCUGCUUGAUAGCGUCCAAAAAAUCAUUAUUGAGAAAGAUCAAGGUCCUUCGUGUCCUUUUACCAACAAACGGCCAGGAAAAAAAUGGUACAAAUCUUUCCUAAAACGACACCCGGAAAUUGCACAACGCACAGCUCAAAAUUUAACAAAAGCAAGAGGAGACGUCACAGAAGACGACCUCAAGGAGUGGUUUAAAACUAACACCGAUUAUUUAAAAAAUCGAGGAUUAUACGAUACAAUAAUGACUGAUCCUAGACGUAUUUUUAAUACAGAUGAGAGUGCCUUUUUCCUACAACCAAAACCUGGACGAGUACUAGUUCGAAAAGGGGAAAAAAUGUUUAUAACAGCUCCGGCGACGAAAAAGAAAAUUUUACUGUAUUGA